AUGACCGAUUCUGAUGCUGAGAUCCCUGCUGAUUUUGCGAACCAGUUGGAACAGUGUACAGUAGUCCGUGGUCGCUUUAGAAAGCAGAUUGGCUGGCUGCAGUGGCCGGUAUCUGCUGAAAAUGUUUUGGGUGAUGAGGAAAAUGGGGAAGUUGAACAGCACCCCGUUUGCACCAAGAGUUUGGAAAUGAAUGUAGAUGCUGUGCGGGCGAUGGUGGAACACUAUCAUGGAGACUUUGUGGAUAUCAGCACCCUGUCCGCUGAGGACCCGCGCGUGAGAGACCUGUUUCAGUUGAUCCAACAGACUCGAGAUGAUUGGGCUUUCGCGGAUGGUGAUGCAGAGAGCCCCUGUCCCAUCAAUCUUAAGGGGGAGGUCCAUGGUGAUUCAGACUACUAUGAAGAUGAUGAACAGGAAAAACGUGUCAAAGAAGAUCCACCCAAACCCAAACACAAGAUGGAGAGGAAAAAUGCCAACGCAUCCCUCGAAAGGAGCCGCUCUGACUUGUCCGAGGCAACUCUGAGCCCACCCAAUGUUCUCUUGAAAGGUAUGGGCUUCAAUGUGCACAUGACUCCAGAGCAAGAAGCCGAGUUGCAUGAGAUUCUCAUGGCUAUCAAUCAGCUGGAUCCAGACCCAGACAAUAAGUCUUAUCCUGAGAGAUCAAUGUGUUUUAUAAAAAUCACAUAUGCUUCAAUCUUAGUAGGUCAACAUUUUUGA